CGUUUUUCUACUGCCUCCGUCGCCUCUCCCUCUCUUGCCCCGUCGCUGAUACGCCGAUGGCGACGCUUCAGCUCCAGUUUCAGCUCCGGCGACGCUCGACGGCGGCGCUGGCUCCCCCUCCUCCGCCGUCUCGAGCUUCGGCUUCCAGGUUCCGUCCUCCUCCUCCUCGGCCUCUCCCGAGCUCUUCCGUCGCCUUCUUAUCCGCCCUCGCCGUCCGCCCCGGGAGAACCCGCGCCGCCGCUCUCCUUCGCCCGCUUUCCGAUUCCCGGCGCCGGUUGCCGCCGCCGUGUCGAACAAGCGGUUCAGAUAUGAUAUCGCAGCUCGAGCUCGAGAAGCCGGAGCAGAGGCCGGUCAAGCGGGCGAAUGGGAUUUACUGGAUUAUACUCUUGAACCUUGGGAUUUAUGUAGCAGAUCACUUGUUUCAGGUCCAGGGAAUCAAAAGUCUCUACUUGUACCACAAUUGGCCUACUUGGUACCAGUUUGUGACAGCAACAUUCUGCCACGCUGAUUGGAACCAUCUCUCAAGCAACCUCUUCUUCUUGUACAUAUUUGGUAAACUUGUUGAGGAAGAGGAAGGAAAUUUCGCUUUAUGGUUUUCCUACAUUCUAACGGGGGCCGGAGCAAACCUCGUCUCAUGGCUUCUUUUACCAAGAAAUUCAGUUUCUGUCGGAGCCUCUGGUGCUGUUUUUGGGUUAUUUGCCAUUAGUGUGCUUGUGAAGAUGUCAUGGGACUGGAGGAAGAUCCUUGAAGUGCUCAUAUUGGGCCAGUUUGUUAUAAAGAGGGUGAUGGAAGCAGCCCAAGCUUCGGCAGGGUUUUCAGCCUCUUUGCAUGGAAACUAUUCCUUACAGGGUAUUAAUCACAUAGCGCAUCUCUCUGGCGCUCUUGUUGGUGUGUUUCUAGUAUGGCUUCUUAACAGAGUUCCGCCAGAAUCCCCUAACCAGGAUAAAUCGAUUCUCCAGAGGAAAAUGGAUGGGAAGUAAAUAUUCGAAUGUGAUCAUACGUGUAAAAGUUCCCUUUGUUGUAAUUGUCCGAUUGUCUCGAACUAGAACAGUCCUUAUUCAUACCUUUGAUUCCUUUUACUUGCUAGUAAAAUGUUCAUCGAACAGUCCUUAUUCAUACCUUUGAUUCCUUUUACUUGCUAGUAAAAUGUUCACGAUGAACGGAUCUUCACAGA